AUGACAAGCACACCAAUGACGACAACUCCGAACAUAGAUACAACCAUGUCCACAACAUCUGGAACAAUGACAAGCACACCAAUGACGACAACUCCGAACAUAGAUACAACCAUGUCCACAACAUCUGGAACAAUGACAAGCACAACAAUGACGACAACUCCGAACAUAGAUACAACCAUGUCCACAACAUCUGGAACAAUGACAAGCACACCAAUGACGACAACUCCGAACAUAGAUACAACCAUGUCCACAACAUCUGGAACAAUGACAAGCACACCAAUGACGACAACUCCGAACAUAGAUACAACCAUGUCCACAACAUCUGGAACAAUGACAAGCACACCAAUGACGACAACUCCGAACAUAGAUACACCCAUGGCCACAACAUCUGGAACAAUGACAAGCACACCAAUGACGACAACUCCGAACAUAGAUACAACCAUGUCCACAACAUCUGGAACAAUGACAAGCACACCAAUGACGACAACUCCGAACAUAGAUACAACCAUGUCCACAACAUCUGGAACAAUGACAAGCACACCAAUGACGACAACUCCGAACAUAGAUACAACCAUGUCCACAACAUCUGGAACAAUGACAAGCACACCAAUGACGACAACUCCGAACAUAGAUACAAACCAUGUCCACAACAUCUGGAACAAUGACAAGCACACCAAUGACGACAACUCCGAACAUAGAUACAACCAUGUCCACAACAUCUGGAACAAUGACAAGCACAACAAUGACGACAACUCCGAACAUAGAUACAACCAUGUCCACAACAUCUGGAACAAUGACAAGCACACCAAUGACGACAACUCCGAACAUAGAUACAACCAUGUCCACAACAUCUGGAACAAUGACAAGCACACCAAUGACGACAACUCCGAACAUAGAUACAACCAUGUCCACAACAUCUGGAACAAUGACAAGCACACCAAUGACGACAACUCCGAACAUAGAUACAACCAUGUCCACAACAUCUGGAACAAUGACAAGCACACCAUGACGACAACUCCGAACAUAGAUACAACCAUGGCCACAACAUCUGGAACAAUGACAAGCACACCAAUGACGACAACUCCGAACAUAGAUACAACCAUGUCCACAACAUCUGGAACAAUGACAAGCACACCAAUGACGACAACUCCGAACAUAGAUACAACCAUGGCCACCAACAUCUGGAACAAUGACAAGCACACCAAUGACGACAACUCCGAACAUAGAUACAACCAUGGCACACAACAUCCGGAACAAUGA